CAUCUCUAUUUUAGGAAGCACUCAUCUCUAUUUUAAGAAGCAACCAGCAUUAAAAAAAAAAAAAUGAAAGACAAAAGAUAUUUUUUCACUAAUUUAACCUGCGUGUUGUUACAAAUUGUUACAUUGUAACCAUAUCUUAAGACCUCCUUGUUUUUCAUUUAGAAACCCUUUAAUGAAAACAAGGUACCAAUUUAAAGCAAUGGUUGUUGUGUUGCGCUUAGCCGUGGGCUAAUUGAUCAUCUAGAGUUAGCAUAUGAUCUCACUUAUUACACAUGCCCUAUAAAGCCUCUAAGAGAGCAAAGCUGAAGGGAAAACCUCGGGUCCACACUAAUGACAGUCUCCAAGGAUAAAGGUAAUCGACUUCCCUAAGAGCUACUCUCAAACUGUCGUUAUUAGGAAAGGCCGUAAAGAGCGUGCGUGUAGCACGUCCAGAAACCCGUUGAGCUAAUCCAAUAACGGCAGUGUUGGCAUUACGCAGAGCAUAAACAAACAAAUCACAAUUAGAUAUUGAAAAAGGUAAACGUACAUAAACGUGGGAAGUUUUUGACUGUGCUCUGCGGUCGUCAGAGAAACCGAGGGACAUGGAUGUCUUCCGCGCUCGAUUUGUCCUCUUAAUUCGCGGAUAAUUAGCGCUGCCUGGCGGCGCGAAUAACGUGAUUUUAAUAAAGGAACCACUUUUCAGGAUCUAAUAAGGUGAAAAAAUAACAUAACGCCUUAAAGAGAUGAUAACCUCCACUCAGGAAUAACGCGUAGGCUAAUAAGGCUGCGAUGGAUCGCUCAACGGCGCGUCAUCCACAAAGCGGUUUUCCUGUCUUGCUGAACUCGUUGACAUUUGAGCGCAAAAAUAAUACUCGUCAACGCAAGCCGUAAUGAUGAGUCAAUCAAGCUUGAUUGUUGGGAUAUGGACUCGCAAAUUUUUGCUGCCUUUCAAAGAGUUCUCUCGUUUGCAUCGAACUAUUAAUCAAUGUUGUCAAUCAGUGCGUGGAACAGUUAAUCACGACACGCGCACCAGGGUGGUUUACGAGGCUUUUGAUUGGCAGUUUAUUUGGGUUCGAGAUAGCGAGACAAUUACAUGAAAGCACCACCACGGUAUAUAAGGCUGACCUUAGCACUCCGCUAUCGAUAUUACACUACAACAGCCUCUAGUGGAGCGGAGAGAGUCAGCCGCAUCAUGACGAGCGUGAACAUUUCCAAUUUCACAAACUCAACCUUCCCACCUGGACCACAGUUUGAUUACGGACCGGCUUUUCUCGGGAGCGGGAUCGCUCUGGCGAUCAUAUCCCCAGUGACCAUAGUAUUGAACAGCUUACUGUUGUUAACAAUAUUCCGGGACCCUUUCAAGACAUUCCAUUCACCUUCGGCUGUGUUUCUAGUCGGUUUAGCGCUUACGGAUCUGCUAACAGGGCUCGUAUUGGAGCCCCUUGCGUUAACUUGCUAUUUCUUCGGCUACUACAAGCAUCCUCACUGGCAGUCAAUGUGCCCAGAGAUUUGGCAGAAGAUUGGCAUACUCUCCAUCGCCGUGAACAAUUCCUCGUUUCUAAUCGUGUUAGCGUUCACCGUGGUACAGUACUUGGCGGUGUCUUGGCCUCUCAAGUCGCGCGUGAUCACUAUACAGCGCAGCGUAUUCUGUAUAGUGCUCAUCUGGGCUUACACAGUGCUGUUUGCGAUGCUUAGGGAGAUUGGAGUGCGCAAGGAGCUGGUAGAGUUGCUAGACUUGUUCUUGCAUUCAACCACCGUGCUUGUUAUGAUGGUUGUCUUCUACAUGCUUCUCCAUCGCGCCUUUAGCCGGAAAUGCAAGCGAGGGUACAUACUUCGUGCCGAGAGCAGUAUGCAGCACGACGCAAAUACCGAGGGUGCGCGCAGACAGAGUAAGCACCUGGAUACGGAGAGACGCUUUGUGCGGAUCAACCUCCUCUUGGUGCUUCUUCUUUUAUUCUGCGCAGUGCCUAACACUAUUGUAUGGUACAUAUAUCUAUUCAACGAGAACCUCAGAAAUCAUCCUAAACUGUUCCUAGUUCGAAUUAUCGUCGACAACGCCCUGUGGCUCAAGUUCAUGCUAGACCCGGUAGUCUAUGCUUGGAGACUGCCGAAAUAUCGUAAAGCCUUGAAAAGCUCGAUGAGUAUGAUGCGAAAGUGAUUCGAGGGUGACCCAUUGGUUUGCGAGUCAGCCCUCGAAGGGGAUAAACCACCGGUCACGCCAAUGCGACGGGCGACGACAUCACUGAGAUAGAAAUCCUGAGAAAGCAUUUUCAGCACGAUCUCUUCACAGCGCUGUUCAAACGAUUAUCGCCAGAUAAAGAACAGGACGUGUGCUUCGCACGUAAACCCACAAAAUCGAUAACAUUAAACGGACACUGGAGUCCCUCAGAGGUUUCCACAGAAGGUCACGGAAAGAAAGAACGCGGAUUAUACGCACAUCCAGUGACUUUUUCAUAAUCCGCAUUAGGGUUAAACUUUUCUUAUCUCAAGUUCUUUCCUGCUUAACGUAGCUUUUACCUUUAUAGAUGCUUUCUAUAAAUUGCGGCACAGUAAUUGAUAAAUAUAUCAUUACUAGAGUAACAGCGUAAAGUAGAGGUAAUAUUUUAAACGCAUCAGCAUAGACUACAAAACUCACAGUACUCUCGCAAUGUGGAGGCAAAAUUGUGCUGAUAAUUUUUUCGCAGACUUCCCAUGGAGAGCUAAAGGAGGACAUUAAAAAUUUGGCGAAUGGGUUCAAGCAGAGUAAUAUGCUAGAUGUCAGGGGAUUACUGUAUAGUGAUUGAAGUUAUUAGGAGCUAAUGUUAUCGCGCCGAUUAGUACCCUUUUAGUCACAAGAAAAAAAACCCUAUUCAUUUAGUCUUUUUAAAAGACUUCUUCUCCGUCAAAGCUAUUGUAUACCCUCGUUGUUAUCACAGUUGGCGGUUUUGGGGCUCGUUGCUUCACAAAAGCAGAGAAAAAUAUGUAAUGUUAAUAUGAAUGAAUUCCAGAAAUCACUCAGACGUGAGUAAUACAUUGAUAUUUUUUAAUGGUUCUGUUACAAAAAUGGGGAACACUUUAAAUUUAAUUAUUAAAUGAGUUUUAAUCCGAAUUGCAUAAACUGUGUUAUUUAUCAGAGAUUCUAGGGAGAUUUAAAGGUGAGAAAGUGAUGUACAAAAUGGGGGCAAAAUAAAUAGCACAGACCACAAACAUGUCAUAAUAAGAAUAAACACGGCCCCUGCGGCUGAAGAGAGCAGCA